CUUGUCAUCUGCCACUUGACGUAUAAUACGAAUCUGUCAUAAUAUGAAACUUGUGAAUUUUUUUUAGAAUUUGUAAAAAAAAUAUGAUUUUGUAAAUUAAUUAUUAGGUAACAAAAUAUCUGAAAUAUGAGGGGGGCAAUAGUAAUACUUUUGGGGUUGGUGCUAAACGCGGCGGCGUGGGACGAUGGCGAUUUCGAAGUUUUCGAUGUGGUUGAAGAAGUGAAUCAGAAUUUUUACGAACUUAUGGGAGUUGCACAGGAUGCCUCACCAGCAGAAAUAAAGUCCGCAUUCAAGAAACUAACAUUAAAACUACAUCCGGAUAAGAAUGACUCCCCUGAUGCGGAUGUUCAGUUUAGAAACUUAGUAUCUGUACAUAAUAUAUUGAAGGACCCUGGGAAAAGAGAGAAGUAUAAUGAAGUGCUCAAAAAUGGUCUUCCUAACUGGCGUUCAGCUGUAUAUUAUUACCGACACGUCAGGAAGAUGGGGCUGGCAGAGGGCUCUCUUAUACUGUUCAUUAUUAUCACAUUUGGCCAGUAUGCUGUUGGAUGGGCAGCGUAUGCCGAGAAGAGAUAUACAGCGGAGCAAAUCUUAAACAGUAGGGGAAAAAAGCAUUCGAAAAAGUCUGGAUUUGAUGCAGGUCUUGCUGAAAUACUAGAACAGUUGCCAAAACCCAGUAUAAAGGAUACAUUACCAUUUCAAAUACCAAGAUGCAUAUGGUGGAGUAUAACUGCUAUACCAAUGGCCAUUAUAGAAUUCAAGAAACGCAUGAAAGAGAAGGAGGAAGAAGCCAAAAGACAGAAGAAGAGAGAGGAAGAAGAGAAGCAGCGACUCGAGCGUGAGGCGGCAGCGGCGGAGGCAGCCAAGGCGGCGGGCGCCGGCGUGCGCAAGCGCCGCGGCUGGGUGCCGCCCGCCAGGGACGACUGCCUGCUCGACCCCGCCGACGAGCCCAGACCCACGGGGCCUGUGGGACCCGCGCCUGCCCCAGCCCCACCAGUGAUCUCCGGCGGGCUGUGGACGGACGACGACCUCUUGGAGCUGGUCCGUCUGGUGAACAAGCAUCCUGGAGGCAGCUCGGACCGGUGGGAGAAGAUCGCGGCGGCCAUGUGCCGGCCCGUGACAGAGGUCACGCAUAUGGCUGCCAAGUUGAAGGACAAUUGUUACAAGAUACCCGGUCAGGAGCAAGAGGAACCCGUGGUUGAGGUGCCGAAGAAGGUGAAGACCCGUAAGACCGAGGAGAUCAGCCCGGCCGGCGUGUGGUCGCAGGCCCAGCAGAAGGCGCUGGAGAACGCGCUCGCCAAGUACCCCAAGGGGGGCGCGGGGGACCGGUGGCAGAAGAUCGCGGCUGCUGUACCCGGGAAGACGAAGGAGGAAUGCAUGCAAAGGUGUAAAUAUUUAUCGGAUAUGGUGAAAAAACAGAAACAGAAAGAGGAAGAAGAGCAACAGAAGGAGUCCGAGAAGGUUCAAAGCGACGACGGGGAGAGUAUCGAGAAUGGGGAAUCGUAAUAUCACAAUUAUCGAGCAUUUAUGACAAACGAAUUUAAAGGCUGACGCACACUGGUCAUGUCGUGCAGGGCUGUUUCUAUAUGCAAAGCUAUUUUAAAUCUUAUUGUUAUAGUAUUAGUUAUUAUAUUUCUUCAAUACAGUAACAACGAUGUGUAUUUUGGUGUGUGUACCAUCAAAAAUAUAUCAAUGAAAUUAUAAUGUGUACGUAAGAAUUUGAAUUUGUUUUCAUAUGAAAUCAGUUAUGUUGUCCUUUUCUGUCCAUUGAAGCGUCAAGCCUUAACAUAAUUGAUCGAGUUAUAUACAUUUUGACCGCUUUAUACCUGGUUUACGGGGGAUGUAAAUAAAAUGCCACUGUUUGACCUAAUUAAUAAAGCUGAAAUUUGUCUACAGGAUAAUAAUAGUGUGUGAAAAUCUUAUUUUAUCAUGGGUACAAAUUGGCGCCAAAAUUGCAACGAGGCAAUAGUGCGCAUGCGCUUAUACAUUUAGGACUAAGGCCCUUCGAACGCGUGUCGUUGCUUAAUAAUAUUGUAACGCGUUGUAUUUUUGGUCUUAUACAAAUGUAAUGCAAAUAUAUAAGAAAUAUCUGUUUCUAACGUUGUCCUACAACUCUAACUACGAAAUGUUUACGAUAUUUCUUUUAAGGCACGGUAAAAUGACUUCACUUCACCUGAUGGUAAGAGGAGUGUGGUUAAAAACUGACGAGAGAUGAUUAGCCCUCGGCAGUCGACACAAUUACGCCGGCCGCUGGAACUGGAUAUACACAGGCUGAUACCGGAACGCGACACACAUGGGCCACUAUGGCAGGUUUUAACACAUUGUGAACGGUGGUCGCUAUCGGGACGGAUAAAAUAUAUCCUACCACCAGCGACCUACCUACAGUGACAGACGAGAGAUGGUCAUCCCAUUCCAGUCGCCAUUUUAGUGUCCAAUAUCCUACCACCAGCUUAUAGUAGAGGAGACAUGGUUAACCCUUUCCAGUCGCCAUUUUAUUGUCCAUUGCAACUUGUGUGCUAAGGGUUAAAUGUUAGUUGGACAUGAACGGUCAAAUGAAAAUGCGUAAAAACAAUAUUAUUAUAAUUAGUCGAUAUCUCAUACCGGUGAUUUUUCCUAAUUUUUUGUGUACAGACUUACAGUUUUAUAUUUUUGAAAAUAUUAUAAUGAUAUUUGUUGAUUUCUCUUCCCAGUGACAAGGGUCAUAUUCCUUUACCGUGUAUAGCUUACCAUUCAUGCAAAUUCAGUACAUUUCUUUUAUAUAUUUUCUUUUACUUUAAACUCUAUUAUGAUAGUUUUGUGCCCAUUAUUUCAAGUGAACUAUAUUUUUAAUUAUACCUAUGUUAUUUGUCGUAUAAAUGUUUUAUUUAAAAGUUCCUGUAUUUUUCGUUUUAAAAACGCCUAACUUAACUCCUACGUUGUGAUGUUAUUUAUGUCAUUUUGUAUAUAAAGGUGCUUCCACACACCACUUAUUUAAUGUUAAAUGAAGGAAAAAUUAUGAUACUUUGUUUUUUAAAUAUUUUAAGGGCUUCCUGGUAAAUCGUUUUGAUAUGUAAUUUAUGACAAUUUGUAUCCAUCGUGAACAUGUUAAAGGUUAUUUUAAUAAAGUUAAGAUUUACUACGGAA